UGCGUCCAGUCGGUAGGUGCCAACAGCUACCUCAGAAAACAAGCAACAGAAGGAGAAGUGUCCGUAGAUUUUGCCUGUCAGGUACUAACAACACUGUACAGCCAAAGAAAGUAAAGCCAUACAUAACAAAGACCACACAUCCCUGUGGACUCCUGAUACAGACCGAGCCGCCUGCUAACAGUGUCUGGUGAUGGCAAGUGGCAGCGAGUGAGCUCCAGUUUACCCGUCCCUGAAGCUAGAUUAAACAGUGUCAUGCCAGUCCUGGCUAUGGCACAGCCUGUGGUUGAUCACCAGAAGCGCUUUCAGGCUGCUGUGGAUGUCAUCCAUAACCUCCCCAAAAAUGGCUCCUACCGGCCGUCCUAUGAGGUGAUGUUGCGUUUCUACAGUCUGUACAAGCAGGCGAUGUGUGGACCCUGUACUGUUCCCCGACCCGGCUUCUGGGACCCAGUUGGUCGCUACAAAUGGGAUGCGUGGAUCCGGCUGGGGGAGAUGAACACUGAGAGCGCCAUGGCAGCGUAUGUGGACGAGAUGAAGAAAGUAGCACAGGAGGUCAUCGACAGCGUUCCCAUGAACGAGAAGACGGCCUCGCUCUUCCACCACUUUGAGCCGCUCUACCUGGUGAUGGAUGACAUGCCACGGCCUCCAGAGACGCUGCUCAAACUCAGAGAAGGGGUGGACGGCAGUGCUGAAGGGAAAGCAGAGAGGAAGGAUCUGGAGCAGAGCGAUCCUGAGGAACAUUCCCCUCCUCUAGAGGACUCCUAUCCAGACCUGUUCCCCUUGCCUGAGGUCAUAGAGCUCAGCAGCAUCCACAAUGACUCUGGAGUGUGUGAGGGCGUGGUGUUGACCAGCGACUCAGAGAGCGAGAUCUUCUGUGACUCUGUGGACUCUGUGGAGCAGCUCAGCAACAUCAAGCUGACCGUUGUAAAGACCAAUGGUUUUCACAAUGGCCACGCGUCCCCGGAGUCGCCUCCCCAUCAGAGCCAGCAGCUGGAAGGCCGUCUGGAAGCGAGGCAGGUGGGGGCGGGGCAAGGUGGAGAGGGGGCGGAGGACGGGAAGGGUCCCAGCCGGAGGAGCCGAGACAGUGGGCGGGAGGCUUCACACCACAACUGGAGAGAACGUGGUGUACCUCAGGGCAGUCCGAGGAGGGGGGCCCCUGGCGGCGGUGGAGGGGCUGGCCGAGGCGGCGGGGACGGUUCUGAUGGGGGGGUGGAGCGGCAGCACGAGGCCCAGCUGCAGCAGCAGAUCGUGCUGGCGCUGCGACGGCUGAGGGAGGACAUGAGGAGCGUGAUGGACCGGCUGGAGGUGGUGGAGAGGCUUGCUGCUACACAUGCUCAGGGUUCAGAGUGGAGAACAUGUGCACAGUGUGCCGCCUCAGCUUCAAAACAGCAGGACGAGCGGUGGGGGCUGUUUGACGCGUCGGGGCAGACCAUGCUCCUUUUCCUGCUGUGGCCCUUCGUCGCUCAGGGGCUGGUCUACCUGCUGAGGAGGGCCCAGAAGAGAGGACGCGUAUCUUCAUGAAGAACGAUGAGGAACAAUCGGAACCACUCCCCUGUAGGUAUCAUCAGAGCUUCAGUUGUACAGCAACACGGAGUCCAGGCUGGACCAAUGAGGAGGCUCCUCCCCCGCACUGAGAAGCAGCAGGACGCGUUCUGAUGGAGAGACAUUACCGUGGUUCACCUCAGGAUCCUCUCACUCACUACAGUACAUCUUUAUUUAAAUUAUUCAGGAGGAAUCAGCCGGCUGGUGACAGGCAGCAGGGAGCAGAUACUGAUCAUGAACCAGAACAAAGAGAUGAUUUAUAUUGUUAAAUUAAUUAGUCAGACACAAUGUACAGUCACCUUUUCCAUUCACUUUUGCUACCUUAGAUCAAUGUUUUAAGGAAUCAAUAGAAUAUUAUAAACAGCCAAAGUAUCUGCCUUUAAAUGGAAGCAGUCGAUCUACUGAUAAUCAGUCACGCAGGACUUUAUUCUCUCAGAUCUGACUUUCACCUCGGAUUGUUUGUCAGUUCCUCUUUGACUUAUAUUUAAGUCUCCCAGUGAACUAGCCUCUUCCAUUCUCCGUCAGUCCAUGCAGAAGACAGGUUUUAUCGCCGCCACACUAAUUGUGUAUCUAAUUUAGUAAAUCCAACAUUAUUUUUAACAUGGUCAUAUUGUUUUGUAACCUGAAAUGCUAAAAUACAGAAUGACUAAUGUAGCUGAACCAUUGUCACCAAAUGAUGGAAGAAGUGUUUUUAACCCCCCCCCCCCGUGAUGAAUGUAUAAUACAAUGACCACGUCACAAUGUAUAAUACCAAUGCAUGAGCUGACAUAAAAAAUAUAUAUUGAUUAAAA